AUAAACCAUGUUUUUGUGGUAAAAGUGUAUUAAGUUUUUUUGGUGUAUAGUCUACUAUUAGCAAAACUUGGUUAUUUUGUGGUAACCAUGAUGGUUUUACUACAUAUGAGAUCUUGUCCUCGAAAAAUACAAUACAAUAUCUAGUUAUCUUCCUCUCGUACGUAACGGUUGCAUGUAAAACAGCUUUGUUUUCUGUGGGUUCGCGUGCCUCUCAUGAAUGAUCAGCAUAAUAAAUUAUAACUGCGGGGGUGACGUCAGCGUCAACCGAGCCUUAACACAAGCGACUUCGCACAGCGACGUUUCAUAACGGGAUGCAAAAAGUUUGAGGAUGUUUAAAGCCGGUUUUACGUGAAAGUUAAGGCGCAUGAUGCUCCGUUCACCGCUUAGCUUUGACGGGAGAAGGGAAGAUGAAACGGGGGAUUUCAGCGGGGACAAUGCGGGAUCUGACUGCCGUGAAAUGUCAUGCAGCAUCAGUCAGGAGUCCCUUCCGGUCACCAUGCACUUGCUUACCAAUCCUGGCGACUCGCUCUUGCUCCAGCAUACUCUGGACCGUCUUCUCAAGUGGGUCCGCCCCGAUCUCCAUCUCUUCCACGUGUCUGAACGAGCUUGCCCUCUUCGUGAUUACUCCAAAGCUCAGCUGUGCCCCGUGCCCGGGUACCCCUCGUACGCUGUGACGCUCUUCCUGCACGAGUCUUACGGGGAAGAACGGAUUCUCCAGGCGCUGGAAUUCCUGCAGUGUCCACCCUGGCAGUAUCACCAUUCAGAAAGUUGUGGUGGUAGAGCAAGUGACAUUAGCUCCACCACGUCCCCUUCCAACACCCUCCUGAAACCCUACCUCGUCCCCAGUCGGGACUUCUACAGCCUAGGUGUUGGAAUGCCAGUGUGGGGGGUGCGGACGGUGCAUUAUGGAGGGGAGGUGGUGCGAAUUACUUUGCACAGCACCCAUGAUAAUUUCGAGGACAUGGUGCGCUUGUACGAGACAGUGCUGCAGAAGAGGGCGGAGGAGCAGAAAACCGGUUUCUGCUGGUUCACGCUGUUUGUAGAACGAGGGUUCAGCCUGCAGUUGGCCAUCAAGCAGCUCUCAAAAGGACUCAAAGUGGAGCCCUGCUGCUCCUCUGUUCUGCAGUUUAGGGUAGGUGAGGUCGGACAACUAGUGCCCUUGCUGCCCAACACUUGCUCGCCCAUUAGUGCCACCCGCUGGCAUACUGAAGACUUGGAUGGCAACAAGAUCCUCUUUCAAGUAAAAGGCUCUGCACAACCUCAGGGGUCCCUCACAUCUGCUUUCCCUCUAAACUGUCCCAGCCUGCCCUCCAGAACCCUGUUGAGAAACGGUGUAUCCAGCAGGCCUCCAUCAGCUUCAUCCGGUAGCAAACCGUCUUCUCUGAAUGAGCGUGCCAUGGGACACUCACGUUUGGAGCUGUCUCAGUAUAAUUCUCCUCGUAGUUUGAAAUCGGGGCCAUGUACCGGUUCGGACAGCCCCCGCAGCACUCCUCCCGGAAGUUCCUGUUACUCUUCCCAGCGCGGCAGCCCGGCAGGCCUGUCGGUUCAUCAGUAUGAGCCCACAAUGACCUCUGAAACCUCCGCGUCCUGUCUCGUGCUGCAAGAGGCGGAGCCAGAAACCAAUGUGGACACAGGCUGUGCUGUAAACCUGCUCCCCAAAAGGCCAAUGAGGGCUUCUGCUUUGGAGACUCUGGCCAGGGACCUAAAAUACAGCAUAUCUGAGCCACGAGCGGACCCCUUCACCCAGACACAGACAUCACAGUGUCAUAUUCAGCAUCGAAAUGCGCAAGCAGAUGAGUUCUUCAUCUGA